CACACAAUGUUCCUUCGUUCCGUUACUCGCGCUGCUGCUCGCAGCUCGGCUGUGCCCACCACGGGCCUGCGCUCCUACCGCACCGUUUCGGGCCCAAUGGCUUGCCUGAACGCUCGUCCUCAGACUGAGAAGAAGUCUAUCGCUCCCCAGCAGACCCGCGCCGCCUCCGAGCAUGCCAUCUCGAAUCCCACACUCGCCGGUAUUGAGAAGCGCUGGGAGGCCAUGCCCCCUCAGGAGCAGGCCGAGCUGUGGAUGCAGCUGAGGGACCGCAUGAAGGUCGACUGGCACCAGAUGACCCUCCAGGAGAAGAAGGCCGCCUACUGGAUCUCCUUCGGACCCCACGGCCCUCGCUCUGUGCCCCCCAAGGGCGAGAACCUCAAGAUCUUCUUCAAGGUCGCCCAGCUCACCCUUGUCAGCUUUGGUCUCUUCUACAUCAUCCACAUGUUCGCCAAGCCCCAGCCCAAGACCAUGACCAAGGAGUGGCAGGAGGCCUCCAACGAGUAUGCUAAGCAAGAGAACAUCAACCCUAUCUACGGUAUCAGCUCCGUGGGUUACGAGGGCAAGGGCUUCGUCCAGAGCCCCCCUGCUGAGAAGCAAUAGAUUGCCUCCACCCCUCGGUAGGAACAGGUAUAACGACGGGGUGUGCAGUGGAUGGGCAGUGUUGGGCUACAGGAAUGAACUGCUGCCUCCCACCGCACGACCUUUGAUGACGCCGGUUCUGUGCCCAUCAAUUUUGGACACGAUCCUUCGCCUCUGUUCUACUUGUUUGUCAAUGUUAGCCCAAAAAGACCUCUGUAUCUCGUACUGUGCAAUAAUCAAUCAUCUCCUUUGUAGCCAUAGAAAGAUCAGACUGCAGGUUCU